AUGGCUGAGGAUAUCACGGACAGAUGGGCACGACUGAAAAUCAUGGAGGAGGAAGGGGUAGUUGCUGAUCUUGGAGGGCAAGAGGACGUUGCACCGCCUGAAAAUAUCGGGCUUUCUUUGGUAGGUAAAAUUUUAACAAUUCGUUCAUAUAAUUUCGAAGCUAUGCAACGAACAUUGAAACAAGUAUGGUCCUUAUCGCGUGAUGUUGUGUUUCGUAAGAUUGAGAACAACUUCUUUAUGAUACAAUUCUUCCAUUGGCGAGAUAAGGAGAAGGUGAUUGAUGGUGCUCCUUGGACUUUUGACAAUAACAUAUUGCUUUUGAAGGAGGUACAGGGAAAUGAACAACCUGACUUGAUUGAUAUAAAACAUUGCCCUUACUGGAUUAGGUUGUAUAACUUACCCUUGGAUAGCAGGACUGAUAAUGACGUGCGUAGAAUUGGGGGAAUGAUUGGGGAGGUGUUGGAGGUUGAAGAAGACAUUCUGGGAUGGGAGAAGUCAAGACGAUUAAAGGUAUUGCUGGAUACUACUUUGCCCUUGCGCAGGAUUCAGCGAAUUCGCAAUAAGAAGGGAGCUAUUACUACUGUUCAAAUAAAAUACGAACGGUUGGCGACUUUCUGCUUCACUUGUGGUUUACUGGGGCAUACGGAGAGGGAUUGCCAUAAGGAUGAGAAGGAGGAUGGGGGUGGGGAGAAACAAUGGGGACUAUGGUUGAAGGCGUCUCCAAGUAAGGGAAAUACCCAGAAAAAGGAAGAAAUGGAGAGGUUACGUGCUGCCCGUGCUAUCAAGUUUACCCACAAACCAGUAAACUUGUAUGGGAAAAAUCUUUCAAGCAGUACGCAUGGGAAGGAGGUAUAUUUUGCUGCUAAGCACAGUGUCGUUCAACCUAAAUCUGAUGGUUGUCCAAAAUGGUAG